GGGUGGGAGAGGGCCGGGUAUGCCCUCGCUGUGAUCCGAUCCGCUAUUCUCUGAUCGGACGGCUCAGGUCCGUCUCCACCCUUACACCGCCAGAACCUUCUUGCCCCCCCUAAAAAAAAAUCCCACGAGAGGUCACAAAUACGAAUAGAGCGCCGCACCGCCCGGCAACGAGAUUCCGCUCCGGUGCCGCCACUGCACCGAGCCGAGAGGAAGGCGAGGAGGGAAGGAGGGAAGGAAAGUAUGACAACGAUUCGCCGGUUCUGCUGCGACGACCUCCUCAGCUUCGCCUCCGUCAACCUCGACCACCUCACCGAGACGUUCAACAUGUCGUUCUACAUGACGUACCUGGCGCGCUGGCCCGACUACUUCCACGCCGCAGUCAGCCCCGGUGGCCGCGUCAUGGGAUACAUCAUGGGUAAAGUUGAAGGGCAAGGUGAAUCGUGGCAUGGACACGUUACAGCAGUUUCUGUUGCCUCAGAAUUUCGGAGGCAGAAGUUAGCCAAGAAGCUUAUGAACUUGCUGGAGGAAAUCAGCGAUAAUAUGGAUAAGGCCUACUUUGUGGAUCUCUUUGUAAGGGCAUCUAACAUGCCAGCGAUAAGGAUGUAUGAAAAGCUUGGUUAUGUGGUUUAUCGGAGGGUGCUUCGGUACUACUCAGGGGAAGAAGAUGGUCUUGAUAUGAGAAAAGCACUAUCACAAGACGUCGAGAAGAAGUCCAUCAUUCCGCUCAAGAGGCCAAUUACACCUGAUGAACUUGAAUAUGAUUGAUGAUAAAAGUCUAGCUAGUGCAGUGUGGUGUUGUUUAUCUCCACAGCUCCGAUGUUGGGAUUUAACAAGCUUUGACUGUCGAGUAGUAUCAUUGAGUAGUGAGUGUUGUAUUGUUCUCUUUUUUCACGCCUAUUAGGGCCACAUAGAGUUUCAAGUUUAAUUCUGCAGUUUCCGUGUUUGAAGUAGUGACAACUGAGAACUAUACCUUGGAGUGGAAUCAAACCGCUUUAUUUUUAAGUCA